AUGAAUUUCCUGGAUAUGGACUUUUGGAACUGGGAGGAGAGCAUGUGCAACAGAACAAGGUGCUCGUGGAUAUGCACCCAGACGGAGAAUAACAGCGGGAACCGUGGAGACGUCCAGCAGCUGUCGGUGGAUAAAGAAGACAUUCCUCCAGAGCAGCAGGAGUGGAAUCCCAUUGUGGACCUGGAGGAACCAGAACCAGAGCCCCCAUGCAUUAAAGAGGAACAGGCGGAGCUGUGGACCAGCCAGGAAGCUAAUAUCCCCAAGUUCCCAUCCACUCCUGUCCCUGUGAAGAGUGAAGAUGAUGAGGAGAAAGUGAAGUCCUCACAGUUUAAUCAAGUACAAACUGAUGAGACUAUAGUGGCAUCAAAUGAACUGGACUGUGGAGGAUCAGAACCAUCCUGCAGCUUCCAUCCACAUAGACAUUUACAAACAAAAACUGAUGAGCAGAAUGAAGACUCUGAGGAAACCGAGGACAGCGAUGAAGACCAGACCCUGAACCACAAACAUGAGUCAAAGCGUCCAACAAACAGCUCAACUGAACAGAUGGAAACAGAAACUGAUGGAGAUGACGGUAAAGGAUCAGAGCCAGACAUGAACCUGGUCCACAUGGAGAGUGUAAAGAGAAGAACCUUUGACAACGUCCAGCAGCUGUCGGUGGUUAAAGAAGAGGUUCCUCCUGAGCAGCAGGAGUGGAAUCUCAUUGUGGAUCAGGAGGAACCAGAACCAGAGCCCCCACACAUUAAAGAGGAACAGGAGGAACUGUGGACCAGCCAGGAAGUGAAUAUCACCAAGUUCCCAUCCACUCCUGUCCCUGUGAAGAGUAAAGAUGAUGAUGAGGAGAAAGUUAAGUCCUCACAGCUUAAUCAAACACCAACUGAGGAGAACAAAGUGGAAGCAAAUAAAGUGGACUGUGGAGGAUCAGAACCAGCCAGCAGCUUCCAUCCACACAGACAUUUACAAACAAAAACCGAUGAGCAGAAUGGAGACUCUGAGGAAACCAAGGACAGCGAUGAAGACCAGACCCUGAACCACAAACCUGAGUCAAAGCCUCCAACAAACAGCUCAACUGAACAGAUGGAAACAGAAAGUGAUGGAGGAUCAGAGCCAGACUUUCACCUGGUCCACAUGGAGCGCAUAAAGGGAAGAACCUUUGGCAGUAAGAGCUUACUGGAGGAACACAUGGACACUCACACGGGACAGAAACUGGUUGGUUCUUCUGAAUGUGAAGUAAUAUUUUCUCGGAAGAAAAACGUGACACAGGAAACCAACUCACCCAGAGACAUAAGGAUGAAAAAUGAUUUGAUUCUAAGUAGCCGUUCAGAAUGCAGUAAAAGAUUUAAUCAGAAGGAAGGUUUGGAGCAUCACAUGAGGCUCCACCCCGGUGAGAAACCUUUUAGUUGUUCGGAAUGUGGUCAAACAUUUACUCGGAGGUCAAGUUUGAAGAAUCACGUGAGGUUCCACACAGGAGAAAGACCAUUCAGUUGUUCAGUGUGUGGGAAAAGAUUUACCAGUAAUUCAACCUUAACUGGUCACAUAAAGAUCCACACUGGCGAGAAACCAUUUAACUGUUCAGAAUGCAGUACAAGUUUUGCUCGGAAGAUAGGUUUGGAGCAUCACAUGAGGCUCCACACCGGUGAGAAACCAUUUAGCUGUUCAGAAUGCAAUAAAAAAUUUACUCGGAAGACAGGUUUGGACCGUCACAUGAGGCUCCACACAGGAGAAACACCUUUCAGCUGUGUAGUUUGUCAGAAACGCUUCAAACGUAAACAUCAUCUUCAGAUACAUAUGAACGUCCACACGGGGGAGAGACCUUUCAGCUGUGUAGUUUGUCAGAAACACUUCACACGUAAACAUCAUCUUACAAUACAUAUGAAGAUUCACACGAAGAAUAGACAGAAUGUCACAUUCACACGGAAUCAGACCAACAGAGACUAAAGAACAUGAAGGUUAAUUAUACAGGAAUGUUUAGUGGCAAAUCUGAAUAAAUAAUUUCAACUGAUUGUUUUUUUUUCCUAUGUACAUUUUUUAGAAUUUUUUUUCCAUGUGGUGUCAUGUUUUUAUUAAAUGAAUGGAAAUAUAUCUGUCAUCUGUUCUCAUCUCUUUGUAGUUUCCAUUUCACUCAAUAAUAACCCACCUCUGUCUGAUAUCUCUGGUCAUAAAUGUACACUGCACUUAAAUGU